GCGGUGCAGCUUUGCCAUAGGCUUCGUCUAGGCGUGCGCGACCAACCUGGUAUUGUUACCACCAUAGUGUCUUUUAAAAUUAUUCGUGGUUGAUGUGUCUGUUGAACGACAGCUGUGAAUAAAACAAGGUUCAACAGAUAUGGCUAUUCUUAGGAGAUGCUGUUGUUGUUUUCCUCUGCGAGGGGGAACAGUUACCCUUGGAGUCAUGGGAUUUACUGGGGCCAUCACAGUCAUCAUUUAUCUGAUUUUGUCCUUGAUCUAUGUUGAUGAAAUAGCAACAUUUGUCAUGGAGAAGAUCAUUGAUUUUCCCAGGGCCUUCGGAACUAGACAUGUCCCUAAAGAAGACCAAGAUAAAAUGAAAGAGGAACUUCAUGAAAUCUUAGUCCAUGUAUAUAGAAUUUAUGUAUUUGUCCUUGCAAUACCGGGAGAAAUUCUUGGUGGAAUAUUGGCUGGACUAUUAGUUUGGGGAGCCGUGAAGAAACGCCGCAACUUCCUCCUACCGUGGCUCAUUUAUGCUAUAAUGGUCAUGGUAGUUACUGUCGUCUGUAUUAUCACCUGUGUCGUCAUUCUACCAGUCUCCUAUGGCAUUACCUUUUUAAUCAUCGGUGUACUUGAACUACUGGUUAUGAUCUACUUCUGGCUGGUCGUGUUCAGCUUCUUCCAGCAAUUGCGUGAAAAUGACCAGAUGAACAUAAAUUCUCCUGCGGAAAUGAAACGUCUCACUUCGCAUGUGUAAUACGUCCCUUAGACGCAAAUCACCUUCCAAACGCCUGAAUCAUGACUUUUCCCACUUAAGUGGCAAUCCUAAUUUAAUAAUAAUGCCAAGUAAAACACAAAAUGUUAUACAAACCCGGUUAUGUAUAGCAAUACGCCAUAUAGCUCUCCAUGUCAAACAGUAAUCAAUUCAAUUCAAUCAGUAAUUAAACCUUAUAAUCUACGUAGUCUAGUCUUGAAUCUCCGUAACUUUUGGUGGAGGUAAAUAUUUUAUAGGAUAUUUAAUAUUCCAAAUCAAAUAACGUUUCUCAAAUUAAGUAUUCUCUAUUAAAUCUCGAAAUCAUACAGCUUAACACUGAUGACGCUUUUUGAAUUUCAUAAUGAUCUGGAUAAUAAAUGUUCCACAUACUA